CCAGUCUGUUACACUGAAUCACUUCGCACUUCAAGUUGGAUGAACACAAACGUUUGUAGCUUUCUUCAUUUUAAAGGAUCACAUAUUUUCACCAGGAGCCGGUGACAGCUUAUUUCCUCUGUUUUGUAGAGAUGGUUCAGUAAAACCAGUAUUUGUUACAGGCAGGUUGUGUGAUGGCGGAGCUCCCGUCUGGACUCCUGGAGGCCUGUGUGGUGGUAGGAGUCUCCAGUGAUAAACUCCGGGACAUUUACCAGAUUGUUCAGCAGAGUAAGUCCAAUGAGUUCCCCUCUCUUGAAGCUGAAGUGUUGCAGGUUCAUGCCCCUCCAUUUGUGUCCAAGGAGACAAAUUCCAGUCAGCCGGCGUUCAGUCGCGUGCAAAGACGAAAGAGUUUCAUUAAGAAGAAAAGACGGGAACGAACUGAAACUGUGUCCAAUGGAGAAUCUUCAAAUCGGGCUGAAGUUUCCUCAGUAACAGAGGACAUCAGCGUUCCCAAAGACCUCGAUCUCAUUGCUUUGCCCCAGCUUUGUUUCCCAGGUGGUCUUCAAUUGGCCAGUGAACAAAAAGAAGAAACUUACCACUUCCUGAUUUUUACUGACUUGUUUGGAAACCGAACCCAUGGAGUUGUGGUUCAGUACUACAGGGCUGUACAGGCUUGUCAGGAAAAUGGCCACAGGUGGAAUGUGUCUAAAUGUCGCCUUUUCACCCCCUUUGCGAUCUGUAUCAUCUCUAAAUUCCCCUAUUACAACGCUCUGAGGGACUGUUUGUCAUGUCUUUUAGUCCAGUUGCGGCCUGCCCGACAGUCAGAUUUUGAAGAGAAAAUCAAAGAGUUUUCUGCCAAAUUAUCAUUAGUCCCGUUGCCACCUCCAGGACAACUCCAUGUGUCAUUCAACCUUCAACCUCUCCUAGUGGUCCUUCCGUCCAGAGAGGAUCAGGACAGUCCCGUUAUAGACCUUGACCUCCAUCUUCCUUUCCUUUGUUUUUCUCAUGCCACUCUACUGCAGAUCCUCUCCUGCCUCCUCCAAGAACAGAGGAUGGUUUUCUUCUCAUCUGACUGGUCCAGAUUAACUCUAGUGGCUGAAAGUUUACUUCUUUAUCUGCAGCCCCUGUCCUGGCAGCAACCUUAUGUCCCGGUACUGGCCCGAGGAAUGCUGGACUUCCUCAUGGCUCCUACUGCUUUUCUCAUGGGCUGUCACAUCAGUCAUUUUGAAGAAGUGGCUGCAGAGACGGAGGACCUCAUCUUGGUGAAUGUCGAUGAGGGCAUUAUUCAGUCAUCAUGGUCUGACAGCAUUGAACUCCCAGCUAUCCCUUUGCACGCUGCUGAAAGCUUUAUUUCAAGAGCGGAGAGUCUGCAGAUUCAUUAUGAUUUGGAGCUGUGCCAUCUUGGAUCAGGGACAGACGUGAACGUAAUAAGGACCCAGCGCAGAGACUGGCUGAGGCGACUCAACACACAAAUCCAAAACAUUGCUCUUGAGCUGGUGGUCAACAUUUUCAAGGGUGUCCAGGACUUCCUCAAUCAUGAACACAGAGUUUUCAACAGUGAAGAAUUUCUUAGGACCCGUGAACCACCAGACCAACUAUUUUACAAGAAGGUCUUAGAAACACAUAUCUUCCAUUCAUUCUUGCGGGACAGGCUGAACAGGAAGAGGGACACCUACAGUCGAAUGGAGCAGAACAUGCGUAACCAUGCCCACAGAAAUCGUGCCAUGACUGAGACCCCCUCACGGCGCCCCCCGAUGUCCGAACUGUCCCGCAGUGGCUACAGCAGCUACACCAGCCCCGACCACAGACUGAGCAAGAAACUGGGAGCUAGUAUGCCCAACCUGCAACAGCACGCAGCAGACACUCUCACUGUCCUCAUCCCCAGCAGACCUACCUCACUCAGAAAAAUGACUCCAGAUAUAGGAUUAACAUUUCAGAACAAGACGGUCAAAAUUUUCCAGCUCCCAGAUUUCCCCCCUCCGCUGGCAUAUCAUUAUGUCCAAAAGUAUUAUCUCAACAUGGUGGAUGCGCUGAAGAGGGCUAUUGACACAACUCCACCUGAAGAGGCUGCACUGCUCGCCAGGUAUCACUAUCUGCGUGGUCUGGUGAACACUGUGUCCAAUCGACCUCUUGAAGCUCUAGAGGAUUUCCAGAGUCUUUAUAAAACAGACGCAGACAUCUUUCCCUCUCAGAUGGUCAAGGUUCUGGUCAACUCACUGCCUGAAAGCGAGCGCAUGCUGAUGGAAAAACGGCCUGAAAUAAAGCGACUCAUCAGCCGUUUGAAGCGCGACCAGGAGCGAGAGCGUGCUGAAAACGGUAAAAGUUAUGAAGAUCGGACGGUCAAACGGUUCAAACUGCCCAAAACAUACAUGCACCUGGAAGAGUUUGUGAAGUGUGUCCAAGAAUCUGGCAUCGUCAAAGACCAGGGAACUAUUCAGCGGCUGUUUGACGCCCUGACAGUGGGACACCAGAAGCAAGUCAGUCCCGACUUGUUCAGAGUGUUUUAUACCAUCUGGAAGGAGACCGAGGCUGAAGCACAAGAGGUUACCCUCCCUGCGUCAGUGUUGGAGCACAUUGAGCCUUCUGAAUGUGUUUUUAAGCUUUCCUCUUCAGUAAAGACAAGUCGAGGAGUGGGAAAAAUUGCUAUGACCCAAAGGCGCUUGUUCCUGCUGACUGAUGGACGUCCUGGAUAUGUGGAGGUGGCCCAGUACAGAGACGUAGAGGAGGUGAAAGUGUCCUCUGCUCCGAUCUUGCUGUUGAGAAUUCCCAGUUUGAAGCUUAGAGUUCGAGGGAGAAAAGAGGCAUUCGAGGCCAAUCUGAAAACUGAAACAGAGCUGUGGAAUCUGAUGGUGAAAGAAAUGUGGGCUGGACGCAUCAUGGCUGAUCAGCAUAAGGACCCUCAGUACAUGCAGCAGGCUCUGACCAAUGCUUUGUUAAUGGACGCUGUUGUGGGGAGUCUUCAGAACAGUAAAGCCAUCUUUGCAGCGUCCAAACUGGCUCAUUUCGAUCGUAUAAGAAUGGAAGUGCCCAUGAUGGUUCCCACGACGACUGCAGAGACACUAAAACACAAGAUUAACCCUUCGCUGGAGCUGACGGCCCCUCACACUGUGGAUGUCCUCCUCUACACUCCAGGGCAGCUGUGGGUGUCUGUGAGCGGGGGGAAGGUGAUGGUUUUCGAUGCUUCCACCUGGUCCCUCACUCACACUUGUCAAGUCGGGACUGCCAGGCUGAACUGCAUGCUGGGAGUGGACAGAGACCAGGUGUGGAUGGGCUCAGAGGACUCUGUGAUCUACAUCAUCAGUUUAGUGUCGAUGGUUUGUAACCGGCAGCUGACCGAGCACCGCGCGGAGGUCACCGGGCUUGCUCUGGACACUGAUAAAUACAGCCAGAAGGUGGCAUACUCCUGCAGUGCCGAGGGAACUGUUAUGUUGUGGGACAUUGCAACUCUAGAAGCAAAAAAGCACUUUCGCCUGAGUUGUGAUCGUUUACAAUAUGUAACCAGUUACAAUGGGACACUCUGGUGCUGCUCGAGGGACUGUGUAAUGGAGGUCUUUAGGAGCGGCAAUAUAAAACAUCGUCUGCAUUUACCUGAACAGCAAAAAGGAUCACUGGCUAGUUUCAGCUCAAUCCUGCUUCUACCUGAGAUUGAGGAGAUGUGGAGCAUUUGUGCCGACUCUGGGGAGAUCUCCAUUUGGCACAUGAAGGACACAAGCAGACCGUUUCACAGAGUUCUGCUUCCAGACUGCAUCGGGUGCCACUGUAUAAUCAAAGUCAAAAACCAGGUAUGGAUUGGAGGCCUGGGCCGUAGUUCAACCAAAGGAAAGAUUUAUAUCCUGGAUGCAGAGCGCCACCAACUGCUGAAGGAGCUACAUGGACACACAGACAAAGUGACUGGACUGUGCUCCGCUGAGGACCGCUAUGUGCUCAGUGGAGCAGCCAAACAGGACGGAAAAAUUGCAAUAUGGAAAGUGGAGUAAAACUGCUUUUUUUUAAUCCACGGAUUUUCUAGACUUUAUAAUCCUUGGGCUUGAGAAACAAAAAACUGGAUAACAGUGAAAUGUUGAAUAAUGUUUGAGGUUUACUCCAAUGUGAAUGAAGGAUCCAUGUGAUGGUCAUGUGAAGAACAAAGAUCUGUUUACAACAAAAUCUCCAACAGAGCCUGCUCCACCUGCUGAGGAAGUAAAUCGAUAGUAAGUUCCCAAUAAUAAAAGACUGUACGGACAAGUCCAAAGCAAGUAUGACAAAACAUAUUUACUUUGCUGAACAUACCAGUUCAUAUACUUUUCAUGCAAGUUUUUGUAUUCAAACAGUGUUAAACAGUAAGUGCAUGAAAACAUAAAUUGCUUGUUUUAUUAUAGCCUUUGUAUCUCUGUCUGUCAUUGUUUUGGGUGGACACUACAUACAAAACUCCCAUUACACAAACUGGAAAGACUGAAAAAUACUUUGCACAUGAAAUUACAUAUAUGAAACUUUUUCUACUGUAUCUUGUCAUAUUUUAUUAUUUUAGACAUAACUCAUUGUAUAUUUGUAAACCUUUUAGCUUU